GGAGUCGAGGCGACCACGGCCAGGGAGGCUUUAUGGCCAGGAAGGCUUUAUAACCAGGGGCUUCGCAGAGAAAUGGUCCCAAUAGUUGACAUGGGUGGAGCGCCAGGCCAUCCUUCCUCCCGCCUGGAUCCGGUCACCCGGCCAUAAAGUCGCCCCAUAUGGCCAGGGGCGGCCCCACACCCGGGUGCGAACUGCCGCCGGGGGCCCCGAGCCUCGCGUGCAGGCACUUUGUCUUGAAGUCUCCAAGUCUCACGCAUCAUUCUGCAGAGUGGCAUGCUCUUGGUUUGAGGAAUAAACUGGGCCUCCAGUCCAUAUCUCAGUAUGAACGGUCCCAGCCUAGACCAGUGCCCAGCGGGCACAAUGAACACGCAGAUAGUGGGGAACUGAAUAUGACUGACUCAGAUUGAAAGGAGCUUCUCUUCCACCUGCAGACAAAGUCCCAGUUGAAUAAACGGAUCCAGCCAGCACACUCAGGUGGCUCAUUAUCUCAAGUAGGAGAUGCUGAAGCCGCUUGUGGAGAAGCGGCGCCGGGACCGCAUCAACCGCAGCCUGGAAGAACUGAGGCUGCUGCUGCUGGAGCGGACCCGAGACCAGAACCUCCGGAACCCGAAGCUGGAGAAAGCAGAGAUACUGGAGUUCGCCGUGGGCUACUUGAGGGAGCGAAGCCGGGUGGAGCCCCCGGGUGUUCCCCGGUCCCCAGCCCAGGACGCCGAGGCGCUCGCCAGCUGCUACUUGUCCGGCUUCCGCGAGUGCCUGCUUCGCCUGGCGGCCUUCGCGCACGACGCCAGCCCGGCCGCCCGAGCCCAGCUCUUCUCCGCGCUGCAAGGUUACCUGCGCCCCAAGCCGCCCCGGCCGGAACCGGUAGACCCGAGGCCCCAAGCGCCGCGCCCACCGCUGGACCCCGCCGCCCCAGCGCCUGGCCCCGCGCUACACCAGCGCCCCCCAGUGCACAAGGGCCUCCCUAGCCCGCGCUGCGCAUGGUCCCCGUCCCCCUGCUCCCCGCGAGCCGGGGAUUCCGGCGCGCCGGCCCCCCUCACCGGACUGCUGCCGCCGCCGCCGCCGCCUCACAGACAAGACGGGGCGCCCAAGGCCCCGCCGCCCCCGCCGCCCGCUUUCUGGAGACCUUGGCCCUGA